AUGUCUGCCCCCGCCCGCACCACUGAGCAGUUCACUGUUCCUCUGCCCACUGCCACCGCUCUCUCUCAGCCUGCUGGCCAGAUCCUCAAGGGUGCCACUGACGAGAACGGCACUCCCCGCGAUGCCGCUCUCCUCCUCGGCAUCAAGCUCGAUCUCGAGGCCGAGGUCCACCUGACUGCCCGUGUCAAGGGUGAUGUCGUCGUUGGUCUUUACUAG